GCUGACUGGAGAAAAUUAUUCUGGUUUGCUAUGUUGUUGUCUUUUCCGUCAGCGAUUUCUUAGGUAGAAGCGAACGAAAAAUCAAUUUGUGGGGCUUGAGAGGGCAUAUUUUGUGUGCAAUUGUAGCGUGCAAUGCUUAAAUUUCUUUUAGUGUUAUCUGGGUUUUGAAAUAAGUGAGUGAAAAAACUACAUAUCCAUCAAAAUGCUGAGCGCUUGUCGACAAAGUGUGAUUGUGAACUUCAAAAGAAUGAUUCAUCAGGGUAGCUGUGUAUCAGGAAUAAUAAAAGACCCUCAUAUCGAAGACUUUAAAGUCCAAAACGAACCUGUGCUUGGUUAUUUACCUGGAAGCAAUGAAAGGAAAGAGCUUGAAAAAGCUUUAAAAGAAGUUUCAAGCAAAACCGAAGAUGUUCCUAUUAUAAUUGGUGGUCAAGAAUACAGGACGAAAGAUGUCAGAUAUCAAGUCAUGCCUCAUGAUCAUCAAAAGAAGAUUGCUCAGUUUUACUACGCCACACCGGACUUGGUGAAAAAAGCAAUUGAGGUUGCAACGGAAACUCAAAAGAAGUGGGACGCCGUGCCGCUUGAGGAGAAAAUCAAGAUAUGGAUGAAGGCGGCCGACAUGAUGGCAAACAAAUACCGAUGGAAGCUUAACGCUACCACCAUGCUGGGACAGGCCAAGACUAUAGUUCAGGCAGAAAUUGAUGCUGCUGCUGAACUUAUAGACUUUAUACGGUUGAAUGCGUUCUUCGCCAAGGAGUUGACCAAGUAUCAACCCAUUAGUGAAGACCCCAAGAUUACCAAGAACUCCAUGAGGUACCGAGGUCUGGAAGGCUUCGUCGCUGCCGUCUCUCCGUUUAACUUCACUGCUAUUGGAGGGAACCUGGCAUACACACCUGCUCUAAUGGGCAGCACGACACUAUGGAAACCCUCAGACACAGCGUUGUUGUCCAACUACGUCAUCUACCAGGUGAUGACCGAGGCUGGGGUCCCCCCGGGAGUGGUAAACUUUGUACCAGCUGACGGACCAGUGUUUGGUGACAACAUUACUGCCUCGCCCCACCUCGCUGGCAUCAACUUUACCGGCUCCGUACCGACCUUCAACAGGUUAUGGACGCAGGUUGGUAAGAAUAUCAACAGCUACAAGAACUUCCCCAGGUUAAUAGGUGAGUGCGGAGGCAAGAAUUUCCACUUAGUCCAUUCCUCAGCCGACGUGACCAGCGUGGUCAACGGCACCAUCAGGUCUGCGUUUGAGUUCUGCGGCCAGAAGUGUUCUGCGUGCUCUAGGAUGUAUGUUCCUCAGUCGUUAUGGCCUAAGAUCAAGAGCGGGCUGCUGGAGACAAGAGAUAAGCUGAAGGUUUCGGAUGUGAUGGAGUUUGACUCCUUCAUGUCUGCAGUGAUUGAUGCUAAAGCAUUUGACCGCAUCUCCGGCUACAUCGACCACGCCAAGAAGAGCAGCAACCUGGAGAUCAUCGGUGGUGGACAGUAUGACAACAGCAAAGGAUACUUCAUACAGCCAACGAUCGUCGAGACUAAAGACCCGAAAGACAAGAUCAUGACUGAGGAAAUCUUUGGACCCCUGUUGACCAUCUACGCUUACCCAGACAAUAAAGUUGAUGAGAUCAUAUCAUUGGUCAACACUUCCACCCCGUACGCCCUGACAGGAGCCAUCUUUGCACAAGACCAGAAGUGGCUCCACGAGACGACGGAGAAGCUAAAGCAUGCGGCUGGCAACUUCUAUAUCAACGACAAGUCAACAGGAUCUGUGGUCGGACAGCAACCCUUUGGUGGUGCACGAAUGUCAGGCACCAAUGACAAGGCUGGUGGUCCCCACUACGUGUUGAGAUGGGCUUCCCCCCAGUCCAUCAAGGAGACCUUCGUACCCCUCACAGAGUGGAAGUACCCCUACAUGGGCUAAACAUGCGAGUCCCUACACGAUCUGCUGUGAUACAGUCAAAGUGCUACUUUGAUGAACUGAUCUACCAGUAUUUGUGAAUAAUGCUACAAGCAUUUCGAGGAAAUAGUCCGACAGUUGUAAUUUUUUUUAUUCACCACCUUACGCCGCUUAGACAACUCGUGUGCAUUAUGUAUAAUUUUUCCAAAACGCUAAAUCAAUGUUUUAAAAUAAUGGAUGUAUUUAUUUUUAGCUAUUUUAUAGUAUUUGUAAGCAGUAUUUUAUUUGGUCGACUCUUAGUUUACAUUUUGAUUAUGUAAAGGUCCAUACAUAAUACACUGUUGACACAUGCUGAAAUUAGUGACAUUAUUUAUUAACGUCAAUAAACAAAGUUAUUAUGUUGUGUUGA